UUUGUGUGUGUGUGUGUGUGUGAGAGACACAAAGCCUCCGCCAGGGUCCGUUCACCCCCUAUGUAUUGUUGCAGCGCACAGGAGAGUAAAAUGGACUACAAGCGGCGCUUUUUGCUGGGCGGGUCCAAGCAGAAAGUGCAGCAGCACCAGCAGUACCAGAUGCCCGAGCUGGGCCGGACCCUGAGCGCCCCGCUGGGCUCCACGUGCUCGGCGCCGGUGCCCCCUCCGCCACAGCUGGCGCCGUGCCCCCCGCAGCCGGUGGCCAGCGCGGCCGUCGCCGACAUCCAGCAGGGCAUCUCCAAGUACCUGGAUGCGCUGAACGUCUUCUGUCGUGCAAGCGCCUUCCUGACCGAGCUGUUCAGCGGCGUCUUCCGCAACUCGCACUACUCCAAGGCGGCCACGCAGCUCAAGGACGUGCAGGAGCACGUGAUGGAGGCAGCCAGCCGGCUGACUGCGGCCAUCAAGCCCGAGAUCGCCAAGAUGCUCAUGGAGUUGAGCGCUGGCGCCGCCAACUUCAAAGACCAGAACGACUUCAGCCUGCAGGACGUGGAGGUGCUGGGCAGAUGCUUCUUGACGGUGAUGCAGGUCCAUUUCCAGUUCCUGUCCCAGGCGCUGCAGAAGGUGCAGCCGGCUGCGCAGUCGUGCCUGGCCGAGGCGCUGUCCCAAGCCCAGGAGCGCCACGCCAGCAGCGCCUGCCCACAGAACUCCACCCCCGGACACACACCCCUCAGCGAGCUGGACGAAGCCUGCCGCUCAUGGAAAGCAGCCUCUGAGGCCACCCUGCGUCUGCGGGAGCGGGGCAGAGAUGGCUGCAUGUCGGGGCUGCAGGUGCAGCAGCUCUUCUGCUCUCACGGCUCCAGCCUCCCAGAACACCAGCUCAAAGAGCUCAACCUCAAGAUUGACAACGCACUGCAGGCAUACAGGGCGGCGUUGGAGGGCCUGGGCCACAGUGAGUAUGCCCUGAAGGCUGGCUUCCACCUGAACCCCAAAACAGCCGAAGGAGCUCUGCAGGGAUGCUGCAGUGAGGCGGAGGCCCAGCAGGCGGGCCGGAUGCAGACCACCUCCCAGCCCAUUCAGUGUGAGCUGCCCACCAUCCCUGUGCAGAUCGGCUCGCACUUCCUCAAGGGCGUGUCCUUCAACGAGUCCGCCGCCGACAACCUCAAACUCAAAAUGCAUACCGUGCUGCAGCUGAUUAAGGAGGCGGUGGGCCAGAAUGGCGUGAGCGUGCGCGACGAGUCGCCCGUGACGGACGUGCUAAACCAGGUGUGCCCCUCCAGCUGAGCCUGCAAGACCGCCGUGCAGCUGCUGUUCGGACAGGCUGGCCUGGUGGUGGUGGACACGGCUCAGAUAGAGAACCGAGAGGCCUACGCACCCCAGAUCACACUUGAGGGCUCCAAAGUGGUGGUGCAGGUGCCUUCAACAUGGUGUCUGAAGGAGGACCCAGCCACCAUGUCACUGCUCCAGCGCAGCCUGGACCCAGAGAAGACGCUGGGGCUGGUGGACGUGCUCUACACCGCCAUCUACGACCUGAACCGCUGGAAGGAGCGCAAGGAGCAGGCUCUUCCCAUAAUCCAGAUUCAGCUGCAGCGCGAAAGCCCCGACUACGGUUCCCAUGUCGACCUGCCGUCCGGCAACGGCUCCAAGGCGUCCAGCGGCGGCGGCCUCCCAAAGACCAUCUCCAAGCUGACCUCUAAGUUCACGCGCAAGGCCUCCUCCAUCCCCAACACCCCGUCGCGCAGCCCCGGCGACAAGCCUCCCAAAGCGCCAGGUGUGGCCGACGGCCGGCUGCACAGCCUACUCCAGCUGGGCGCCCUCUCCGGGGGACCCUCUGACCCUUCCCAGGGGCCCCUGGCCAACGGCGCGGGCCCCGACGAGCAGGGCAUGAACCUCCCCACCGACCAGGAGAUGCAGGACGUCAUCGACUUCCUCUCCGGCUUCAACAUGGGCAAGUCCCAGCAGGCCUCGCCGCUGGUCAAGCGCAGGAACUCUGUGCCCUCGUCUGGCGCCAGUGCCUCCGCCGCCGCCUCCGACAUCAAGCCCCCAGCAAGCUCCCAGCAUGCACUGCAGCCGCCCCCGCAACCCCUGCCGCCCCAGCAGUCACAGCCGCCACCUCAACAGCAGCAGCAGCAGCACCAGCUGUCCCUCCCCAAGCAGCCGCAGCCACCACCACCGCAGCAGCCACCGCAACCUCCUCCCCAGCAGCCCCAGCCUCUGCAGCCUUCCCAGCAGGCCUUGCAGUAUUAUCAGCACCUCCUGCAGCCAAUCAGCCAGCAGCAGCAGGCGCAGCAGGCGCAGCAGCAGCCCUCUCCUCAGCUCCCCGGCCAGGCUCUGACCCAGCAGAGAGUGGCCAGCAAGUGGUUGGGGGGCUCCAGCCCACAGCCCCCUCCACAGGGCCCGCCGGGGGGUCUGUCUCCGAUGGGCCCGCUGGGGCAGUGGGGAGCCCCGGGGCUGCCGGACCUGAGCUCCGACCUCUACAGCCUGGGGCUGGUGAGCACCUACAUGGACAGCAUGAUGUCCGAGAUGCUGGGCAACAAGCCGCAGGGCCCGCGCAAUAACACCUGGCCCAACCGCGAGCAGAGCGACUCCGCCGUCUUCAACGUGCUAGGGGACACGCUGCCCUUUGACCCUGCAGUGGGCUCAGACCCAGAGUUCGCCCGCUACGUCGCCGGGGUCAACCAGGCCAUGCAGCAGAAACGGCAGGCGCAGCACAUCCGCCGCCCAGGCAACGCCCGUGGCAACUGGCCCCUAGCGGACGAUGCGCACCGCACCUGGCCCCACCCAGAGUACUACAGUGAAGGGGAUGCGGUGAACAGCAGCUGGUCAGCCAAUCAGGGUGACUCGGCCAGCUCGAGCGACGAGGCUUCCUCAGCCAAUGGGGACAGCCUGUUCUCCAUGUUCUCCGGCCCAGACCUGGUGGCUGCUGUCAAGCAGAGGAGGAAACACAGCUGUGGGGAGCAGGAGGUGUGCGCAUUGCCCUCUCCGCCUCUACACCAUACCACUGACGACAGCUGCCAGGACAGCAAAACCAAAACAUGGCCCCCCAAGGCUCCAUGGCAGCACUCCUCCUCCCAUACCAACACCAUGCCCAACCUGGGCUCGUCCCUCUACCAGAUGAACAUCCCCCCCUCCAGCCAGUGGAGCGACUCCAUUCAGAUGCUGCAGUCGGCCGUUUGGUCCACGGCCAGCGACUGCUCUCCCUCCGGCGGCCUCUCGUCCGGCAGCCUCUCAUCCGGCUACCACUUCUCUCAGCAGCAGGGGCCGCCACAGCAGCAGGGGCCGCCGCCGCAGCCCCAACAGCAGCCUCCGCAGCUCAACAAGCAGCCCAUCAGCAAGGGCUUCAAGUCCUUCCCCCACAAGCCCGAGAACCGGCCCUCCUAUCUGCACCAGUACUGAGCAGCCAUGGAGAGGGGCCAGUGCUCCUCCUCGGCCCUUUUUCUCCUGUGCUCCAGGGCUUGUGCUCUUGGCACCUGUAGCAGGGCUUACACGAGGAGGGGAGGUCUCUGGAUAGGGGUUUACCUUUCUGUCUGUGUGUGUGGUUUUUUUGGUUCUGUAUACGCAGGUUUCGUAUUCUCCCUUCCUUGGCAGAGGUACCAUCUGCGUUUCGAGGACAAGGCGGCUUUCUGAGCUGUCCUGUCGAGAAAAGCGCAUGAUCGCCCGCAACCCUUUGACCCCUGUACUGCGGUUCCAGCUCAUACUGUGGCGUCCCCCCCCCCCCCCCCAACACCCACUCCUGGACUUGCUUCUGAGCCACCCGAACAGGUGACAUGCAUGGCUGUCGCAUUUCUCUCCUCUUCUCUACUCUCCCCUCUUGCUUUGAGCCCUGAACUCCUAGCUGACAGUGUCCAGGGGAGGGGGAGAAGAUGACCCAGUGCAAAUGAUAAUUAUACUGUGUCUAAAAGCUGUAACUGCCAAAUCUCCUGUCAGAUGACCCAGACUACAGCUUCUAUAUUGUUCCAUAGCGUGUAAAUGACUCCAAAUGAUAUAUAAAUACUUACCUUCUUUUUAUUAAGAGGCUUUGAGCAGGCUCGGCAGAAAUAUAAUAAUCAUCGCAGAGGUGUAAUUUGAAAAAGAUACACUACUUUUUUCAAACAACUUACAAGAGUUCUAAGGAAAAAAUAAAAAAAUAAAUAAUAUAGCAGUAACUAUGUGCCAUGGUGAUAUGAAUAGCACUUGCAGAAUAUUAUUUUCCAACCAAAGCGUUGUUCAGAAGGUGAAUGGUGCUUCGUGACUAGCGAGAGGAGUUUUGGGGUUGUUAUGGAAAUCAUAGCAAAUGAUACAGUUCCAUGCCCUUUUGUCUGAGAAACUCUGGAAAUGUCUGUGUGUGCGCGUGUGUGUGUGUGAUUUAAAAAAACAAAAAAAACACUCCUUUCAUGUCACCUCACACACAUUUCUGAUUGGCAGUUUGCUUCAGAAUAACACUAACUCUUAAAUACAAAAAACUUAACAUUUGUUCCUUAAAAAUACAAUAUUUUUCUUGUACAAAUAUUGACAGUAUUAAUCUUAUUUUUGUAUUUUCUUACAUGUUAUACCAUUACUGUAUAUGUUAAUACAAUAUAGGCAUACUACAUCAGAUUGGAUUUCCCCAUCCCUGCCCUCAGAUGUGAAAAAGCACACAUUUCCCUUUUCUCCAGAGUUGAGCUAAAAUCAUCUAUUUUGAAAGGUUACCAAAUAUGCCAUUAUAACAUAUGCCAUCAUAAACACUAAACACGAGCUGAUCUGGGCUGGUUUUAGAGCCCGUGUUUCUUCAGUUUCUAUGGCGAUGGGCUGCAGAUGAAGGCCCAGAAUGUUAACUCUUGUGAUGUUUGCGGAUGCCAAUGUUGCCUGUAUUUAUGAUAUGACACCAUGUUUUUUCUGAAAACUAACAUACUUACCAUGUUUACAGAGAAUCGUUUGCUGUAUAUAAAUAUAAAUAUAUAUCUUUUUAUAGUUCUGUGCUUUGCACAAUCAAAAUAUAGGGUUUGUUGCUUUUUGUCUGUGUUAUCUCCCAAACUGUUGCAGCCUUUUUUUAAGACAACUUAAAGACCUUGGACUGUAACUGUUAGCAUUUCUCAGUUGUGUCAAAUGGUUUACUAGUGACUUCACCAGAAAUCUGACCUGUAACCCUGAGAGUUGAAGUGAAGAGGCUGCUUGGCUUAUGUUGCUUAUUGUUCUCUUGAGCUGGCAACUGAAUCUUUCCAAGUGUACCAGCAAUGCAAAAAAAAGUUUAAAAAAAAAAUAAAGAAAUGUAAUUGACAACC